UUCUGUCAAAAUGUGCCUAUCCCUUUAACUUUCAAUGAUGUCAUCAUCCUGUGCUGCCUGCUGUAACCUGACCAAAGGAAGGUUUUCCUGUUGCUGAUGCUGGAGAUUUAACAAUGUCAGGAAGCUUCUAUUUUGUUAUUGUUGGCCACCAUGAUAACCCAGUGUUUGAAAUGGAGUUUCUACCAGCAGGAAAAACAGAGUCAAAGGACGACCACCGGCAUCUAAACCAGUUCAUAGCCCAUGCUGCUCUUGACCUGGUUGAUGAGAACAUGUGGACAUCAAACAACAUGUACCUCAAAACAGUGGACAAGUUUAAUGAGUGGUUUGUCUCUGCCUUUGUCACAGCUGGACAUAUGAGAUUUCUCAUGCUCCAUGAUGUAAGGCAAGAGGAUGGGAUAAAGAACUUUUUCAAUGAUGUGUAUGAUUUAUAUAUAAAGUUUGCGAUGAAUCCAUUUUAUGAACCAAAUGCUCCCAUUCGAUCAACCGCCUUUGACAGGAAAGUUCAGUUUCUUGGCAAGAAGCACCUUUUGAGUUAAUUUCUACUGCAUUGUGCUGCAUAUACAGCAGCUCUGAUUUGAACUGGGUUCUUCUAUUGAACUGUGCUUAUUAUAAUGCAUUUUCCAUGGUGGCAAUUACCAGUUUAAUUCCGAAACAUUUUCUAAGACAACAGGUAAGCAGUGAGAAAGGAUAUAUUCCAAAAAUACACUGCACUGUUUGUUAUUGUCAAGCCUUAAAGAUUUUGCUGUUUCAUUAUCAACGCUAUUAAGAUAAUUCAUAAUAUUUUGAACAUUAAGAGUUUGAGCCUAUGGUGAAAGUGGUUCUCUUAAUAGUAUUCAACCUCUCAAACCCACAUUGUUUCAGUCAUAGCAUUGACGAAGAACUGGUGUCUGACCUUGAGACUGGUUGGUGUUUUUCUUGUUGUGAGGUAAUACUUGAAGGAAGCUCACAUUAGCAGUAGUAUCCCUGCAUUGUGGGUGAAAAGAGGGAUUUUAUCUCCAACAAACUCCACGUUUAUUGAGGUUGGCUUUUAUCCUUGGCAUAAUUCCUAUUCCUAUAAAAAUGACAUCUUCCAUAUUUUAAGAAUUUAAAAAAAGCUGUGCUAGUAUUAACAGUAUAUUUGAACCAACAGUUCAUACAAAAUAUGUGAAUUAUUUGAUAAAGCUAUAAAAUGUUCCAUUAAUGAAUGUUGGUUACAAUUAAGACAAGUAUAUAACUAUCAGGAACCCUGCUUUGGAGUAGAAAAAAAAUAAAAUUACCCUUUGAAACAUGAGCAUUUCAAUCUUCAUUGAUUAUUCAAUGUUUGAUUGUCAUUAUAAAAACAAAAAUAAUUGUAACUUAUGACAUGCUUUUACUUAAUGUAUUUUUUUUUUGUUUUAACAUGUGCCUUAUGUUUUUUUGUUUUUUUUGUUAAGAAAAAAUCGGAAUGGUUCAGUUGAGUCUGUUAAUUGAUUUUAUGCAUAUUAAUACAAUAUGUAUUUUAAUUGAGAAGGGUACAGAGACGUCGAUGCUGAAAUCUGUGACAAUGUUGAAAAUAUAAUAUGUAGUUUUGUUGCUCAAGUGAGUGUGUGAGGCCACAGAUGACCCCCAGUAAGCCCUUUCUUAAUCAAUCCUACAGUGAUGUUGGUAACAUCAACUUUUAUGAAUCUGUAAUUCAUCCCAUUUCAUUACUGGUAUCAUGGUUUGAUAUUCUUAUGUCUAUUAUUGCUUACUUUUAUGUUACAGUACCUAACAUAAAAGUAAGCAAUAAUAGAAUUAAGCAAACAUGGCCCCAACGGCCACCUCCUCCCUCAGUCUCAAUGUCCCGGAAGAAGGGUCUGGAGUAAUCCAUGGGGGUG